UAACUGUCCCACAAUUUGUCUUGUGGUGUUGUCGCUGCUGUUUCGAAAAUGUCUAAGGAGGUUGCACGUUUUAAACCAGUAACUCACGUCAUCUUUGAUAUGGAUGGACUUUUGUUAGAUACAGAGAGAUUGUAUACAGUUUCUUUUCAAGAAAUAUGUGACCGGUUUGGAAAGAAGUAUACAUGGGAUGUUAAAUCUUCAGUAAUGGGCAAAAAAGCAUUGGAUGCUGCUAGAAUAAUCCGAGACUCUUUGGAGCUUCCAAUGACUCCAGAGGAGCUCUUAAGUGAAAGUCAAAAUAACCAACAAAAAUUGUUUCCUUCAGCUCAACUAAUGGCAGGAGUUGAAAAGCUGAUCCUCCAUCUGCAGAAAAACAACAUCCCCAUUGCAGUUGCUACCAGCUCAGCAAGAGUGACAUUUGAAAUGAAAACAAGCAGACACAAAGAGUUCUUCCAAUUGUUUCAUCAUAUUGUGCUGGGAGAUGACCCAGAUGUGAAAAACGGCAAGCCGCAACCUGAUGCCUUUAUUAUUUGUGCCCAAAGGUUUAACCCUUCUCCUUCUCCAAAUGAGUGUCUUGUAUUUGAGGAUGCUCCCAGUGGUGUUCUUGCAGGAAUCGCAGCAGGAAUGCAAGUUGUUAUGAUACCAGAUGAAAACCUCAAUCCAGAUUUAACGAAAGAUGCCACUUUGGUGCUCAAGUCCAUGGAAGAUUUCAAACCAGAACUUUUUGGGCUUCCUCCAUUUAACUGAAUCUUGAUGUAUUUAUUAAAUAAGAAUUUAGAUAGCUGUCCACACCAAGAGUUUGUCAUUUUUUGCAUUGAUUAACCCAGAGUAAAUUAAUCUGAAUAAAUAAUUUCCAAACAUUAA